AGUUUCGCAUUGUCACCGCAUGAGGUCUCCAACAUCAGUUCGGAGUUCGCACGUCACUCCUGUCAACCCUUGAGCUAAUUGGCCACUGUUGGAACGGGCCUAAGAAUAUUCAAGAUAGUCAGUGAAAAAUAUGAAAAUAAUUAUUAUAUCCAAAACAAGACUUAGGACUUCUAACAGUUAAUAUCAUUCAAUGCAUCAAAAUUUUUAUAGAAGUGAAUAAUUUAUAAAAUUUAUAUAUACAUAUAUUUAUAAAAUGGCCGGUAAUUUUUGGCAAAGUUCACAUCACCAGCAGUGGUUACUAGAUAAACAAGAUUUAGUUAGAGAACGUCAACAUGAUUUAUCAAUAUUAACAGAGGAAGAAUAUCAAAAAAUAUUCAUCUUUUUCUCUAACAUGAUACAGAUGCUAGGUGAACAAUUAAAAUUGAGGCAACAAGUGAUAGCUACUGCAACAGUUUAUUUUAAAAGAUUUUAUGCUCGCAAUAGCUUAAAAUGUAUAGAUCCACUAUUAUUAGCUCCUACAGCAGUCUUUUUGGCAUCAAAAGUAGAAGAGUUUGGAGUAAUUUCUAAUACUAGAUUAAUAACAACAAUGGGAACUGUAGUUAAAAACAAGUUUAAUUAUGCAUAUACGCAAGAAUUCCCAUAUCGUACAAAUCAUAUUUUAGAAUGUGAAUUUUAUCUUUUGGAACAUUUGGAUUGCUGUUUAAUAGUAUAUCAACCAUACCGUCCCUUGUUAACAUUAAUUCAGGAUGUGGGACCAGAUGAUCAAUUACUUACUCUUGCAUGGCGUAUUAUUAAUGACAGUUUAAGAACAGAUGUAUGUUUAUUAUAUCCACCUUACCAAAUAGCUAUUGGUUGUUUGCAAAUAGCUUGUGUGAUAUUGCAGAAAGACCUUAAAUCGUGGUUUGCAGAAUUAAAUGCAGAUAUGGAAAAGAUUCAAGAAAUAGCACGAUAUAUAAUUAAUCUCUAUGAAUUGUGGAAAAGAUAUGAUGAGAAGAAUGAGAUUCAAAGUUUACUGGCUAAAAUGCCAAAACCAAAAGCAGCACCACAACGUUGACAUCAAAUUUCCUGUUCGCCAAACCUUUGGGAUUCUUGUUAAUACACCAUGAAUAUUUUAAUAAAAAAAAUAAA